CGCCACGAUGGUUGAACUUUGAAGGUUGGAAGCAUGGCUGACUUUACUGCGGAUCCUGGCGGGAGAGUGAAGGGGAUUACCACUGUGAAGCCAAUAGUUUACGGCAAUGUGGCGAGAUAUUUUGGAAAGAAACGUGACGAGGAUGGACACACUCAUCAGUGGACUGUGUAUGUGAAGCCUUACAGGAACGAGGAUAUGUCCACAUAUGUGAAGAAAAUUCAUUUCAAACUACAUGAAAGCUAUGCCAAUCAAAAUAGAGUUGUUUCCAAACCUCCAUAUGAAGUUACAGAGACUGGAUGGGGAGAAUUUGAAAUAAUUAUCAAAAUAUUUUUUCAUGAUCCAAAUGAAAGACCAGUGACACUUUAUCAUUUGCUAAAAUUAUUUCAAAGUGAAACUGACAUCAUGCUUGGUAAAAAGAACUUGGUAUCAGAGUAUUAUGAUGAACUGAUAUUCCAGGACCCGUCUGCCAUGAUGCAGCAACUACUGACGAGCUCCAGGCCUCUGACACUUGGGCCACAUAAACAUGAAACAGAUUUUGAAGAGAAAAAAGAAAAAACUUUAAAUUCUGUCAUAGCAGCCAAGAACAAAAUUAGAUAUGAAAUAUCUGAGCUGAAUGAAAGACUAAAGCACAGUAAAGAGUCUAUUCAGAAAUUUAAAGACGAGAUUGCAAAACUAGAAAGUCAAGAUGAAGAAAUUGUUGCUAAAAUGGAAAUGUAGCUUGAUCCUGGGCUGCAAAAUUCAGUGCUUUCAAAAUCUCAAUAGGGCAUUGAAAUGUAAUCAUAUUUGAACACCAAAAUGAUAAUGAACUGUGCAUCAGGAAGGUUUGAAAUUUGAAAUAUGAAAAAUAACUGUAGCUGAAAGUUUUUACCCCAGUGGUUUGCACGGACUGUUAAGCAGCUUCAAGUUGUAUAUAUUUGACUGCCAAUUGAAUACCACUAACUGUGGAAGGCAUCCUAUAUGUAUAUAUCUGUAAUAAAAAUGUAAUAAAACUUUUUUUAAGCUUUUCACAUUAUUUAAGAUAAAGUGAGACUAGAACUGCAAACUUCGUGUUAUAAGUUGUGGUUUCACAAUGUUUAUUUGAAGAUCAGUUAGCUGAAAAUUAUUGCAACUUUAAAGAAAUAUUAUUGUAGUAAAUUUUUUGAAAUAAUUUAAGCUUGAAACCCUCACUGAUUAGAGCAAUUUUGAAAUUUGAUUUGUGUGAUCCACUUAGUGGUCAUUCUGAUUAUUAUUUGAGAAUAUCCAAGGGUUCUUUAAUUGUGAGGUUUGGUUUACUUCAUUUUAUUGUGUUAAAAUCCUCAGGACGUCAAGUUUUCAUGCAACAAACCAUGGCAUGUUAAGUUUGUCAGUUUUGGCAGAGGGCCUGCACACUAUGCUUUCUCUGAAGCCUCCUAAGUAUGUGACUAAACAAGUGUUUUCACUCUAUGAAAUAUCCAACUGGAAGUAGCAAAAAGUAAAUACAAAGUUGAGCAAAGUGAUUUAUAAGAAUCUUGAUUUUAUUUAAUUCUGCAGCAGUGCCUGCCUGCACAUUUCUCAAUCUGCAGAACAUUGUAAUUAAGUCAUCAUAUGGAUACAACCAGUAUCCAAUUAAAACAAAAGUAUAACAGUUGUGCACUGAAACAAAUGUAAAGG